CUUGAAACAGAAACCGUUGAAGAGACAGUCUAGGCACAAAAGAUAGCAGAGAUCGGAGAAUUUACACCCAGGAAAAGUACCCGAGUUAAAAGCAGUGAUUCACCAAAUUGUACAGGCUCCAGAUACUCCUUAGAUUUCACUCGGAGAGCUACCCAAGACUUAGGGUCAGGGCUGGAAUCAAGAUACGGGCAGCCAAUGCCCUUUCUCAGAGGAGAGGUGGUACGCUUCACUCACACCCCUCCUCCUUUGUCAGAUCCCCUGCCCAGCCCAGUGUCCUGGACCUUUAAGAGUCUGAUAGGCAGACCCGGGCAGAACGAGCAGAAGGCUCACCUCCGCCCGCCCGCAACCCCCUUCCCUUUGCUGUAACUCAGCCAGUCGCAGUGGCUGGAGCAGCUGCAGCCCAAGAAGGAAGAGAGGGAGGGGAGGGGAAGGAGGGGAGUCGGCAAAGCGAGAAGAGAAGAAAGGAACUGAGGAUCCGCAGCUCCACUGCACCAAGGAAUUCCAACACUGGGACCUGGGAUUAUCCUAGCCACGGUGCCAUCAUCUGGGAGUGACAGUCAUGGCGUCGCCCUUGCAUAGUAUUCGGCUGCCUCUGGAUGAUGAUCUGCUGUUGAUGCAGAAUGGGUCUAUGCUACGCAAGGUCAAAUCCCGAAGUUGGAAGAAACAGAGAUACUACAGACUACAGGAUGAUGGGAUGACUGUUUGGUAUGCCCGGCAGGCCGGUGGAAGAACCAAACCCAGCUUCUCCAUUUCAGAUGUGGAGACAGUGCGAGAGGGGCAUGAAUCAGAACUGUUGCGGAGCCUAGCGGAUGAAAUCCCCCUAGAGCAUGGCUUCACAGUUGUUUUCCAUGGGCGCCGCCCCAACCUGGACCUGGUGGCAGGCAGCGUCGAGGAGGCACAGAGCUGGGUGCAAGGGCUUCGGCGCCUGCUGGAGAUUAUCACUAGCAUGGACCAACAGGAGAAGAUGGACAAAUGGCUGAGUGAUUGGUUUCAGCAGGGGGACAAAGACCAGGACGGAAGAAUGAGUUUCCGGGAGGUGCAGCGAUUACUGAGGUUGAUGAAUGUAGACAUGAACCCUGAGCAUGCUCUCCAGCUCUUCCAGGCUGCGGACAAGUCGGAGUCGGGGAUGUUGGAAGGAGAGGAAUUUGUGGAGUUCUAUCGGGCCCUGACCCAGCGUUCAGAGAUACUGGAGCUGUUUGAAAUCCUCUCCGAGGAUGGCCAGAAGUUGACGCUGCUGGAAUUUGCGGAUUUCCUUCGUGAAGAGCAGAAAGAGGGAGACAAUGCUUCCGACCUCGCCUUGGAGCUGAUUGCUCGCUAUGAGCCAUCGGACAGUGCCAAAUUGCGGCAUGUACUGACCAUAGAUGGUUUCCUUGCUUAUCUCUGUUCCCUGGAUGGAGAUAUCUUCUCUCCAGCCUGCCGACCUGUGUACCAGGACAUGAGCUAUCCACUGAAUCACUACUUCAUUCACUCCUCACACAACACUUACCUGCUGGGGGAUCAGCUUCGAGGACAGAGCAGCGUGGAAGGCUACAUACGGGCUCUGAAGAGGGGAUGUCGCUGUGUGGAAGUGGAUGUAUGGGAUGGACCCAGUGGGGAACCAAUUGUUUACCACGGACACACUCUGACUUCUCGGAUCCCCUUCCAAGAUGUGGUGGCCACAAUUGCCCAGUAUGCCUUUCAGACAUCGGACUUCCCAGUCAUAGUGUCCUUGGAGAAUCAUUGUAGCUGGGAACAACAAGAGGUCAUUGCCCAGCACCUGACAGAGAUCCUGGGAGAGCGACUGCUCAACACCACCUUGGAUGGGCUCCUGCCCACCCAACUGCCAUCACCAGAGGAGCUCCGAGGGAAGAUUCUCCUGAAGGGGAAGAAGAUAGGGACCCUUGAGGAGGAGCUUGGGGAGGCUUCAGGGGACCCUGAGGAGCUGGAAGAGCCUGAAGAAGAGGAGGAGCCCGAGCCAGAACUGGAGCCCGAUGUGCUGGACUUCGAUGAGACGGUCCGAAGUGAGGACAAGAGGAAAGAGAAGAAAUCCAAGACCACGCUGUGUCCAGCCCUAUCAGCCCUGGUUGUUUAUCUGAAGAGUGUUCCAUUUCGAAGUUUUGCACACUCGAAGGCUCACUACCGCCUCUAUGAGACGUCAUCUUUCUCUGAGGCAAAGGCCCGGCGGCUGGUCAAGGAGGCCGGGAAUGAAUUUGUGCAACACAACGCAUGGCAACUGAGUCGAGUGUAUCCCAGUGGUCUGAGGACAGAUUCCUCCAAUUACAUCCCCCAGGAGCUAUGGAAUGCUGGCUGCCAGAUGGUGGCCCUCAACAUUCAGACGGCAGGGCUGGAGAUGGACCUCUGUGAUGGGCUCUUUGGUCAGAAUGGCGGUUGUGGCUAUGUGCUGAAGCCUGCUUUCCUGUGUGACCCCCAAAGUUCUUUUCACCCCCAGAGACCCCCCAGGGCCACUCUGACACUUCUCAUUCAGGUGAUCAGUGGGCAGCAGCUCCCUAAAGUAGCCAAUAGCAAAGAGGGCUCUGUCGUGGAUCCCCUGGUGCGUGUGGAGAUCUAUGGAGUGCCAGGAGACACGGCCCGACAGGAGACCAGCUAUGUGGAAAAUAAUGGUUUUAAUCCCUACUGGGGGCAGACACUGCAGUUCCGGGUGCGAGUGCCAGAGCUUGCUCUCCUCCGAUUUGUGGUGGAAGACUAUGACAGGGCCUCAAGAAAUGAUUUUGUGGGUCAGUACACACUGCCUUGGACCUGUGUCCAACAAGGUUACCGGCACAUACAUCUUCUCUCUAAGGAUGGUACAAGCCUCCACCCAGCUUCCAUUUUUGUGCACAUCCAGAUUCGGGAAGAGCUGGAUGAGGAAGAAGACUGAGUGACAAGUGUCAGCAGGAGUUGAGCACUCCUUCAGGAAGCUUUCCAAGCCUGCCGCAUCAGCUCUGACCACCCCCGUUCCUCCAACACUUAGAACCCUAUUCUAGGCAUUGUAUUUUCUCCUGCCCUCCCCUUUAGACUCUUAAAUUCUUCCAAGGCAGG